GAAUAGUGAGAGUUAAAAGAGCACGAAAGCAGGAAGUAAUCCGCCCUUGAUAUGAUGACUCCGCCAUGUUGUUGUUGCUUUUCCGUAUGUUCGAGCCGACGACGAUUUGCGGCCGAGUGAGACCGUGACAACAGAGGAGUGUCGUGUGUGUUAUCUUGGAUAUUGAGAUCGAGCGAUUAAGUAUGGCAGACUCAUCGGGAGAUCAUGCUGAUGAUCGCAGAGAAGAAGAAUUGGAAGUCGAGUCUAAUUACAAACCACCACCGGAGAAAACGAUAGAACAAAUUUUGGAAGCGGAUAAAGAUGACGAGAGUCUACGAAAAUAUAAAGAGACGUUAUUGGGAGAGGCUAAAUCUGGCGGAAUUGUCGUUGAUCCAACUGAUCCACGCAAAGUAAUCGUUAAAAAAUUAGCUCUUUGUGUUGCUGGAAGAGCUGACAUGGAGUUGGAUUUAUCAAAGGAUCUAACUCAAUUGAAAAAACAAACAUUUGUGAUUAAAGAAGGUGUCAGUUAUCGAAUUCGUAUUGACUUUAUUGUACAGCGGGAGAUUGUUCAUGGUUUAAAAUAUAUUCAAAAAACUUACAGACUUGGAGUACCUGGAGUGACAGUGGACAAGAUGACACAUAUGGUUGGCUCUUAUCCACCUAAAACUGAAAUACAAUCUUAUACAACACCAGCAGAAGAUGCACCAGCUGGAGUAAUGGCUCGUGGAUCGUACACCGUCAGUUCUUUAUUCACAGACGACGAUAAACAUGAACAUCUUAAAUGGGAAUGGUCGUUUGAUAUUAAAAAAGAUUGGAAAGAGUAGAACUUAUAAAAAUAAUAAUUAUUUUUUUUUUAAUUGCAUCAUGCAAUCGCGUCAAGUCACUAUAGCCUUAAACUUCAACAAAAAAAUUAAAUAAUUGCAUUUAUAUAUAUUAUAUAUAAAUAUUGACGAAGAGAAUUGCCAAAAUGAUUUUUCUAAUUGAUUGAUUCAUUUUUUUGUUACAAUUUUUACGAAUAGUAUGAAGAAUAAAUGCCAUGUUAAUUUACUAUAAUAUAAUUAUAAUUAAAACAAAAAAAAAUGUAUUGAGAUAUAGAUAGGAUGCCACUAUUAUCUGAUGUAAUUUAAAAUUUAUUAAAUAUUUCAUAUACUGAAUAAAAAAUUGAGUAUAAUAUUUUAAAGCAAUAGGCACUAUGAUUAAAAAUAAAAAAAAAUGCAUUUUUAUAUUAUAAAUAAAAUCAUUGUCUACUUGAUUAUUGAGAAUUCUCGGUGCAACAAUUGAAUAAAAUAAAGUAAAUGUGCAAAAGUAUAGUCAUUAACAUCAAUUAGAUUUAGUAUAAGAGAAAAAAUAAAAAAUAAUAUCUUGAAUAAAAUAAAUUCAGUGACAUAAGAACAGUGCCUCACAUUUGUCAUCGAUAGUUGUUAUAUUUUGCAUAAAUACUAACUUUUUUUCUUUAUUGAUUUUAUGAAAAAAAAAGUAAACGAAAAAAUAUAGUUCCAACAACUUCAUAUAAGUCCAUUGAGCUGUAGAGUUCGCACACAUCUAAGUAAUGAUAACAAUAUUAAUAAUAAUAUUAA